GGAGAAGAUCAACUCCAAUAUCAAUCUAAGAAGAACAGUUAAAUACAAAAGAAAAUAAAAGUAAACUAGCUUUGCUCAAGAUUCUCAGUUUUUCCGAUAGGAGAAAAAUGGCUGAAGAAGGACAAGUGAUUGCCUGCCACACAGUUGAGGCCUGGACCGAGCAGCUCGAGAAGGGACAGGAGACCAAGAAACUGAUUGUUGUUGAUUUUACUGCUUCAUGGUGUGGGCCUUGCCGUUUCAUAGCUCCAAUUCUUGCAGAGAUGGCCAAGAAGAUGCCUAAUGUCACUUUUUUGAAGGUGGAUGUGGAUGAAUUGAAGUCUGUGGCUGAGGAUUGGGCUGUGGAGGCAAUGCCAACUUUUAUGUUUCUGAAAGAAGGAAAAAUAGUGCACAAGGUUGUGGGUGCCAACAAAGAGGAAUUGCAGAUGACCAUUGCAAAGUAUGCUACCCCGGUUGGAGCAGCAUAGAAGAUGAAGCGCACACUAGGUGCUACUGGCAGUGUAAUUACGGCCUGUUAGAUAUCUUUAUCUCCAGUGUGUAUUUGCGUGAUGAAUUUAUGUUGUAGUGUGACUGCUAUAUGUUACGUUCGUUGGUCUGAGACCCCCACUUGAUGAUGUUUAGUCCUAUCUAUAGCAUUUUCUCCCUGCUUUCAUUAUAUGAGACAUGGAUACCUUGUUUGUAGAA